AUUCUUAGGUUGUAACUGGGUUAUAGCUUUCAUGUGAAAGCCCUAAAUUAGUUUCAUAGUAGGGCUGAGUACAUUGGGUACUUUCUCUUGUAUUCUUGAGAUACUUUACUAAGAAGAAUAUGUUCCAGCUCCAUCCAUGUAAACAUGAAAGAGGUAAAGUCUCCAUCUUUCUUUAAGGCUACAUAAUAUUCCAUGGUGUAGAUAUACCACAAUUUAUUAAUCCAUUCGUGGAUCGAUGGGCACUUGGGCUUCUUCCGUGACUUAGCAAUUAUGAAUUGGGCUGCAAUAAACAUUCUGGUACAAAUAUCUUUGUUAUGAUGUGGUUUUUGGUCUUCUGGGUAUAUGCCCAGUAGAGGGAUUACAGGAUUGAAUGGCAGAUCUAUUUUUAGAUCUCUAAGUGUUCUCCAUACAUCUUUCCAAAAGGAAUGUAUUAAUUUGCACUCCCACCAGCAGUGCAAAAGUGUUUCCUUUUCUCCACAUCCGUGCCAACAUCUCUGGUCUUGGGAUUUUGUGAUAUAGACUGGUCUCACUGGAGUUAGAUGGUAUCUCAAAGUAGUGUUGAUUUGCAUUUCUCUGAUGAUUAAAGAUGAUGAGCAUUUUUUCAUAUGUCUGAAGGCCGCACGCCUGUCUUCUUCAGAGAAGUUUCUCUUCAAAUCCCUUGCCCAGCCUGUGAUGGGAUCCCUUGUUCUUUUCUUGCUAAUGCGUUUGAGUUCUCUGUGGAUUCUGGUUAUAAAACCUUUGUCGGAGACAUAACCUGCAAAUAUCUUCUCCAAUUCUGAGGGCUGUCUGCUUGCUUUACUUACUGUGUUCUUGGCUGUGCAGAAGCUUUUUAGUUUGAUCAAGUCCCAGUAGUGUAUUUUUGAAGCUGUUUCAAUUGCCCGGGGGGUCCUCCUCAUAAAAUACUCACCCAGACGGAUUUCUUCAAGGGUUUUCCCUGCACUCCCCUCUAGUAUUUUUAUAGUUUCGUGUCUUAAGUUUAAAUCUUUAAUCCAGUGAGAGUCUAUCUUAGUUAAUGCUGAAAGGUGUGGGUCCAAUUUCAGUCUUCUACAGGUUGCCAGCCAGUUCACCCAGCACCAUUUGUUAAAUAGGAAAUAUUUUCCCCACUGAAUGUUUUUAAUUGGCUUGUCAAAGAUUAAAUAAUGCUAAGUAGUUGGAUUCAUCUCUUGCUUGUCUAUACUGUUCCAGACAUCUACUUCUCUGCUUUUGUGCCAAUACCAUGCUGUUUUGAUCACUAUCGAUUUGUAGUAUAGUCUGAGGACUGGUAGCGUAAUUCCUCCUGCUUUGUUUUUAUUUCUGACUAAUGUCUUGGCUAUUUGAGGUUUUUUCUGGUUCCAUAUAAAAUGAAGUAUCAUUUUUUCAAGAUCUUUAAAGUAUGACAGUGGAGCUUCAAUAGGGAUUGCAUUAAAAUUGUAUAUUGCUCUGGGUAAUAUGGACAUUUUAAUAAUGUUGAUUCUUCCCAGCCAUGAGCAUGAUAUGUUUUUCCAUUUGUUAACAUUUUCAGCUAUUUCUUUUCUUAGAGUUUCAUAGUUCUCUUUAUUGCGAUCUUGCGUGUCCUUUGUUAGAUAAACUCCCAAAUAUUUCAUCUUCUUUGGCAGUACUGUGAACGGAAUAGAGUCCUUAACUGUUUUUUCAGCUCGACUAUUGUUGGUAUAUAUAAAGGCUACUGAUUUAUGAAUGUUGAUUUUGUAACCUGAGACACUGCUGUAUUCCUUGAUCACUUCUAAGAGUUUUGUAAUAGAAUCCCUGGUGUUUUCCAGAUAUGCAAUCAUAUCAUCAGUGAAGAGCAAAAGUUUGAUCCCUUCUGACCCUAUAUGGAUAUCAUUGAUCGCCUUUUCUUCCCUAAUUGUGAUGGCUAAAACUUCCAUUACAAUGUUAAAGAGCAGUGGAGACAAUGGGAAGCCUUGUCUGAUUCCUUAUCUGAAUGGAAAUGAUUUCAGUUUAACUCCAUUCAAUACGAUAUUGCGUGGGUUUGCUGUAGAUGGCCUCUAUGAGUUUAAGAAAUGUCCCUUCUAUAGAAAUUUUCUUAAGUGUUCUGAUCAUGAAGAGAUGCUGGAUAUUAUUAAAAGCUUUUUAUGCAUCAAUUGAGAGAAUCAUAUGGUCUUUUUAAAAAAAUUUGUUUAUGGGCCGACUGAAAGAUGGCCACAGCUGCCCGGUAGGCACUGCCUGAGAUGUUACUCUAGGGCCCGCAGGUCCCGCCUGUUCCCCUAACCCGCCACCGUUUCCCUACCAUGAAGCCAGUGAGUCACCGCACCCUGGACUGGAUUUAUUCAGUGUUGCUGCUUGCGAUCAUUUUUCUCUCAGAGGGAUAUGUCAUCUAUGCAUCAACAGUAGAUGCGAGACGACAGCUAAGGAAGGAAUACCCAGACAAAAUCUUUGGGAUGGAUGAACAUUUGUAACUCCUCUGGAUCUAAUUGUCUUUAAAUACAGUUCUUUUCCUCGUGCUUAUCUUACAUCUAUGUAAAUUUAAAAAUAAAACUCAUAAUAACAAAAAAAAUUGUUUAUGGGCUGAAUUAUACUUAUAGAUUUACAUAUAUAAACCAGCCUUGAGACCCUGGGAUAAAACGACUUGGUCAUGAUGUAUAAUUUGUUUGAUAUGUUGCUGGAUUCUGUUUGUUAGGAUCUACUUGAAUAUUUUUGCAUCUAUAUUCAUUAGUGAUAUUGGUCUAUAAUUUUCUUUUCUUGUUGAGUCUUUUCCUGUUUUGGGGGUCCGGGUGAUGUUUGCUUCAUAGAACAUGUUGGGUAAUCUUCCUUCUUUUUCUACAUUUUGGAAAAGGUUGAUUAAUAUAGGUAUUAGUUCCUCUUUAAAGGUUUGGUAGAAUUCUGACAUGAAGCCAUCUAUUCCUGGGCUUUUCUUUUUAGGGAGAUUUCGUAUGGUUGGUGCUAUUUCAGAACUUGAUAUUGGCCUGUUCAACAUUUCCACUUGAUUUUGGCUAAGUCUUGGAAGGUGAUGUGCUUCCAAGUAUCAGUCAAUUUCCUUCAGAUUUUCAUAUUUCUGAGAAUAAAGUUUCUUAUAAUAUUCAUUAAGGAUUUUUUUAAUUUCUGAGGAGUCUCUUGUUAUUUUGUCUUUGUCACUUCAGAUUGAUGAAAUUAGAGAUUUUACUCCUUUUUUCCUGGUUAGGUUAGCAAAGGUUUAUCUAUUUUAUUGACCUUUUCAAUAAACCAACUUUUGGAUUUAUUGAUCUGUUGUAUAAUUCUUUUGUUUUCAAUUUCAUUUAAUUCUGCUCUAAUUUUGGUUAUUUCUUUUCUUCUACUGGGUUUGGGGUUGGAAUGUUCUUCCUUUUCCAAUUGCUUGGGAUAUCCCAUUAAGUGGUUAACUUCCUCUCUUUCUGUUCUCUUGAGGAAGGCUUGCAGUGCUAAAAAUUUCCCUCUUAUGACUGCCUUUGCAGUAUCUCAGAGGUUCUGAUAAUUCAUGUCUUCAUUGUCGUUUUGUUCCAAAAAUUUGGUGAUUUCCUUCUUGAUCUCAUCUAUGACCCAGCUAUCGUUCAGCAGAAGGUUAUUUAACUUCCACGUUUUUGUAUGAGUGUGCAGGUUCCUGUUGCUACUGAGUUCAAAUUUUAUUCCUUGGUGGUUCAAGAAGAUGCAAGGAAUAAUUUCUAUUCCUUUAAAUUUACUGAGGUUAGACUUGUGACCUAAGAUGUCAUUGAUUUUGGAGUAUGUUCCAUGGGCUUAUGAGAAGUAUGUGUAUUCAGUUUUGUUGGGAUGAAAUUUUCUGUAGAUGUCUGCUAAAUCCAAAUGUUGGAUGGUUAGGUUUAAAUCUAAAGUUUCUUUGCUGCAUAAUAUUCCAUGGUGUACAUAUACCAUGGAAGGGUUAGCGUUAGGGGGAGGAUGGGUGAAGGGAGGAUAAUUGGUGGGAUUACACCUGUGGUGCAUCUUACAAGGGUACAUGUGAAACUUAGUAAAUGUAAAAUAUAAAUGUCUUAACACAAUAACUAGGAAAAUGCCAGGAAGGCUAUGUCAACCAGUGUGAUGAAAAUAU